AUGCUCAGCGUUCAGGAGCGCAAGCCCAAGAGGCCUCACUACAUCCCACGGCCCCCAGGCAAGCCCUACAAAUACCAGUGUUUCCAGUGCCCGUUCACCUGCAACGAGAAGUCUCACCUGUUCAACCACAUGAAAUACAACCUCUGUAAGAAUUCUAUAUCACUGGUGUCUCAGAAAGGAGACCACGCAGGGAGGCAGACCAAGACCCCUGGCCCUGCCAACCACAAACUGGCAUCUUUAACCCUGAAAGACAAAUCAGGGCCACUUCCUGUGGAGCGGCUCAUGACCCCUGAGGGUCACAGAGGAGGACUGGAGAACAGGAGAGAAGAGAAGGAGGAGAGAGAGGAUGAGAAGGAGGAGAGAGAGGAUGAGAAGGAGGAGGAGAGAGAGAAGGAGAAGGGAGAGGAGGCGUGUGGGAGUCCAGUCAGGAAAGACAUUGAGAUCAAAUCAGACACAAAGGAAGUCAAAGAGGCCAAGGCUGUGCCACGCCCGUCAGCCUUCUCCCAAGUCACACCCAAUCGGGAGAACCCAGAGGCCGCGCUAAAGUCGUCCCACAACCAAUCAGGGGAGCCGUCUCUGACUCCGCCCAUGCCAUCAUUCCAUAACCCCACCUUCUCCUGGGGCCCAAUGGCAGCAGCCUCCAUGCCGCUGAAGCCCCUCCCACCUCACAUAAUACCUGAGUACCCUCCCUACCUGUUUCCUGAUCGCCAAGGCCCUCCACCCCUCUACCAGCCCUACUUCAUCCCAGGGACGCAUCACCUUUCUGGGCCAAACUCCCAGACCUACCGGCCUAGCUUCCUGGAGACCCCACAAAGACCUGUGAUACCCAUGAACCCGGACCACUCCCACUCAUCUCUCAUCCCUCCAUACCCCUACAGAUACGGUCUCCCCCUGCCCUAUGGCCUGUACCGACCCGCGGACCACCACCACCCACACCCCAUCCCUCUCCCAGGCUCCAGGUACUUUCCUCUGGAUGUGUACGACCCAAGACCAGGCCCCGGCCUGGGACCUAGGGACUAUGACUUUUACCUCCACCCCAGGCUCCAUGGUGAACCCCACAGCAGACCCACGGAGGAAGGGACCAGCCAGGUGGAGCAGAGCAGAGACAAGCCCACCAGACUGAGCCCCAUGGAGGGGUGUUCUGCCUUGGGCUCCCCUGACAGACCCAGCCCUCCACACCCCUUCACCCAGAGAGACACUACGGAGGGUUCCAGAUGUACCGUCCUGGGGGAACUACAGCCUGUCAAUCAAUCAGGAGGACCAGAACCAGCCUCUCAGCCAAUCAGAGUAGAGCCGAGCAAAGAGGACACACCACAGAGCUUGAUGACGCACAUGGAAAGAGGGUCGGCAGGCAACAGCGCAGAGCACUCCACCUCUGACGAAAGCAACGACUCAUCUGAACGAGAUGGUGAAGAUGAGGAUGAUGAUGAUGAAGACACUGAGAAAGAUUUGAUGCCCCUGAACCUCUCCAAAAAGGACCAGGAGUCAGACCUCUUCACCAGCAGGGGGAGCUGUCCUGAAACAAGGCACCCGGAGGAGGACCUGCCACUGAACCUGAGCCUUAGGGCCACACCAGGCAGUCCAGAUCACUGCUCCAAAAUGGCCGCCUCAGGGAGGGAGUUUGUUAGGGUCCAACCAGGCAACCCAGACCAUUGCUCCAAAAUGGCCACCUUAAUCGCAGUGGAUCUCAGUCAACAGGGCUCCAGCCCAGCUCCCACCCAAACAGACAAGGAGCCCAGUGACCAACAGAGACAGACUGCAGCCCUGGCUCUCUGCCAGCUGGCUAGCUCCUCCUCUUCCUCCAGCUGCAGCCUCAGCUCUAUGGCAGCAGACAGCCCGUCAGUACGCCCAACAGACUGCCCCUGUCUCCCAACAACCACAGCCCUCCCCAGAGAGGUGAAACACACAACCACAGCCCUCCCCAGAGAGGUGAAACACACAACCACAGCCCUCCCCAGAGAGGUGAAACACACAACCACAGCCCUCCCCAGAGAGGUGAAACACACAACCACAGCCCUCCCCAGAGAGGUGAAACACACAACCACAGCCCUCCCCAGAGAGGUGAAACACACAACCACAGCCCUCGCCAGAGAGGUGAAACACACAACCACAGCCCUCGCCAGAGAGGUGAAACACACAACCACAGCCCUCCCCAGAGAGGUGAAACACACAACCACAGCCCUCGCCAGAGAGGUGAAACACACAGCCGAGGGCCUCUCCAGGGAGGUCAAACAGGAACACACAGCCAAGGGCCAGACCGACCAGUCUAGUACCCCAGUUAGGGGGGUGAAGAGAGCUGCCAGGGGAGAGAGCCAGCUCCCAGCCAGGAAAAACACCAGGCUUACAGCCCCUCACAAACAGACUAAGAGGGUGGUGAAGGAGACAGGAGGAGGGAGAGCACUGAGGAGGAGACCUCUCUGCUGCUGAACACCAAGUGACAGUUGAACCAAUACCCAUCCAACAGACAACAGGAAGUCCACAGUGGCUCAAAACCCUCACAGCCUCUAGUCUAGGACCAGGAUGUAAAGGAGUAAAGUGGAGCUGUACAGUUGAACCUCCACGGACACGCCCCUGUCUGUCUAUAGGACGAUCAAAUGUUUACCAAGCACUAAAAGCAAGACUGGUGUUUUAAAACCAACAUGUGAUGGUGUCUCCGGUAGGCUACAGGGAAAACCUCUUUUCAGAAAACCCUCCUCACCUGCACUGACUUGACCCAAAUAGCCUUUCAUAUAAAAUGUUAACCCUUCACAUCUGAUCACAGAACGCUGUAUAGAACAAGGGUGGAACUAUUUAAGUGACUAUAAUAUGUUGUAUACUACAAGGUGCAUGGUGGUGAGAAGUUGUAUAUAUUUAAUAUGGUUCUAAAAAGCAAUACCAAAAUAAAAAUCUGUCCAUGUUUA